CCUACAAGUACCUUGCCACACCAACACCUUUUAUUAGAAGCAAAGCAAAAUAUAUAGCAUUUGAAAAAGAAGGGAUUAAAGCAGGGAGAAUGGCCAACAAAUUGGUGGCAGUAUAUAUACUGGUGAGCAUUGUUGUUGUGGCAGCAACAAUGUGGGUGAGUCCGGUGGCAGCGGAGGGCGACGAUAACGAGAGUUUCAAGUCAUGUUACAAGGAGUGUGAGGACGAAUGCAAGGAGGAGGGGACUAACAGCGAGAUGUGUGAGGUGAAGUGCAAUGCCAAGUGCGGGGUAGAGGAAGUUACAGACAAGUUAAAAACAACUUUUAGUUGAUCACAUAACACUCCUUCAUUAUGUUCAUUUAUGUUGAAUAAAAUUUCACUUGGAUUACCCACAUCACUACAUGCUAUAUUAAAUAAAUUUUCAUCUUUUCUCACACAAACUUGUGUUUCCUUCCCAUUUAGAUCAAUUUUAAACUUUUAUGUAUGUACGUUCUUUUUUUUUUUAAUAAUAAUUUUUUUUAAAUGCACAAGUGAAUAGUGAAUUGACUUCGUAAUGGGGGCAGAUUGAAAACCCGAUAAUCCAAUAGGCUAGAAGCGAGAACCCUAAAACCUGGCACUGAACGAGCACCAUCCAGAUCAUCCAAGUCAUCGGCAAAAGUUCGGUGCUUUACCUCUCUUCGGUUCUUUCCACCGUUCCUGCCUUUUCAUAUUCAUUUCCAUCUUCUUUUUCUUGGGAUUUACUGAAGCUUUUGAUUAAAGAUUGAAAUGGGUUGGGAAGCAGCUUAGAAGCUCAUCAGGCAUUGGAAAGUUCUCAGGGGUGACAAUGUGAUGAUAAUCAAACGCGUUAUUCGCUCUCAGAAUCGUGUUAUUGUCGAAGGGAAAAAUCUGGUAAAAAAGCACAUUAAGCAAGGACCAGGUCAUGAAGGUGGUAUAUUCACUGUUGAAGCUCCCUUUCAUGCUUCAAAUGUUCAAGUUCUUGAUCCUGUUACUGGGAAGCCUUGUAAGGUAGGAGUUAAAUAUCUUGAAGACGGAACUAAGGUGAGAGUGUCUAGAGGUAUAGGAGCAUCUGGUUCCAUAAUUCCCCGCCCUGAGAUCUUGAAGAUGAGGACUACACCCAGACCAACUGUUGCUGGUCCCAAGGAUACUCCAAUGAAUCUUGUGCUGGAGAAGACAUACGAUCCUAAGUCUGGGAAGGGCAUGCCUGAGCUUUGAACAUAUUGAACGACGUGGCCAAUGGAUUAGGGUCUUCAACUAACAUGUAACCGGGUUGGCAGAUAUUGCAAUUGAAGGUUUUGGAUUGCAUCCGAGGAGUUUAGGCAUUUAUGUUCAUUUUUUGCAUUGAUGGCCAUUCACCAGUUUCUUCCUUGUGCUUAAAUAAAGCAUCCGUCAACGGAUGAAGAUUUUGUAGUAUAUGAAGCAGAGAUGUCUGCAAUCAAUCUACCCUGCUUUUAUGUCGCGCAAAAAUGUCUUCUUUGUUAUUUAUGAUUAUUAUGAUAUUUAAUAUUUCAUUUUAAUCAUUGUAAAAUCAUAAAUCA